AUGCUUUAAUUUUGCUGAUAUACAUUCCUUUGUAAAACUCCAUUGUGCAAUGGGAGGCGUGGUUCUAUUUCAUUAUUUUUACGAUUUUUGCUGAACAGUCACAGCAACAACUUGGCAACAGCAGUCGUCAGCCGGUCUAAUUACUUUCUGUACAACAUAAUAAUUAACUUUACUAAAAAUUAAAUUAUUCGCAAUCAAACGAAAGAGAUCCUUGUUAUUUAAUUUUUAAUUGACGAGCCAUGCUUCGAAGCGCAAAUUUUCUUUGGAAAACGUCUGCUGCGUGCAGAGCUGGGUCUGUGACCUCUGUCAGAUCGUCACACGCUCAGGCAGACUUCAGGAGACUUUUGCAAGAGCAACUGAACAACAUCAAAGUAGCGGGAACAUGGAAGGCCGAGCGAAUCAUCACAUCAAAACAAGGCGUCGAAAUCUCUGUACAUGGCUCCAGCAAAAAAAUUCUCAAUUUCUGUGCCAACAAUUACCUUGGGCUCUCUAGUCACCCUGAAGUAGUUGAUGCUGGCAAAAAAGCGUUGGAUGAGUUUGGAGCCGGCCUCAGCUCUGUCCGUUUCAUUUGCGGCACGCAAUCAAUCCACAAGAAAUUGGAACGUCAAAUAUCAGAGUUUCACGGGCGCGAAGAUGCGAUUCUGUACCCGAGUUGUUUUGAUGCCAAUGCAGGCCUCUUUGAAGCUAUGCUGGGUCCAGAAGAUGCAAUUUUCUCAGAUGAACUCAAUCACGCCUCAAUUAUUGAUGGGAUUAGGCUGUGCAAAGCCAAGAAGUACAGAUACAAGCAUCGUGACCUCAGCGAUCUUGAGAAUUUGCUAAAGGAGGCUGGAGACUUUCGAACAAAACUUAUUGUGACUGAUGGAGUUUUUUCGAUGGACGGUAAUGUGGCUCCCUUGAAGGCCAUUUGUGAUGUGGCUGAGAAAUACAAUGCUCUAACUUUUAUCGACGAGUGCCACGCCACUGGAUUUUUUGGAAAAACUGGCCGAGGAACGGAGGAGUUUUUUGGAAUCGACGGAAAAGUUGACAUUAUCAACUCGACGCUUGGAAAAGCCCUUGGAGGCGCAGCUGGAGGUUACACCACAGGGCCUAAAGAACUGAUUGAUCUGCUUAGACAGAAGUCAAGGCCAUAUCUUUUCUCAAACUCGUUGCCACCUCCAGUUGUUGCUUGCGCUAGCAAGGUUUUUGAUCUUUUACUCUCCAGCUCGGAGUUGUGUGAAAAAGUUGCUGCUGGCACUGCCAGAUUCCGCUCUGCCAUGACCAAAGCUGGCUUCACCAUUGCUGGAGAGCAGCAUCCCAUUUGUCCUGUCAUGCUUGGGGACGCCCGACUUGCCUCUCAAUUUGCUGACAAAAUGCUUUUUGAAGGAAUCUACGUAAUUGGGUUUAGCUACCCAGUAGUUCCCCAAGGAAAGGCCCGAAUCCGAGUUCAGAUUUCGUCUGCUCAUUCGAACGAAGACAUCGACAGAGCUGUGGACGCUUUUAUUAGGAUUGGCAAAGAGCUUAAGGUCAUCUCAUAAUUCACACACACCAUUUUACAAUACUUACUUAUGUAUGUGCAAUCUCAUUUUGUUCCUUUACAUUAUCACCUCAUUGAUUUUCAUGGUGGUACAAACGAUGGUGAUCUUAUUUUUUGAAUAAAAUAAUAAUAGGGUGGUCCAGCAA